AUGGCCACCACGCGACUCCGCCUCCUACUCCUCCUAUUCACGCUGCUCGCCGGCACCGCCGUCUUCUCCGUCUCCGCCGCCCGCGACGCCCCUACCGAGCCGGCCGUCGCGGGUCCGGUCGGCGCGGAGCCGAGCGCCUACGAGAUGUUGGAGAAAUUUGGCUUCCCAAAGGGAAUACUCCCGGUGGGCGUCACCGGCUACACGCUCCGGCGGUCGGACGGCGCGUUCCAGGUGUUCAUGGACAAGGAUUGCGAGUUCGAGGUGGACGGCGGGUACAAGCUUACCUACAAGCGGACGAUCUCCGGCAGGGUGGCCGGCGGCAGCUUGUGGGACCUCCGGGGCGUCUCGGUGAAGAUCUUCUUCGUCAACUGGGGCAUCGACCAGGUGGUCAUGGCCGACGCCGACCACCUCAUGUUCUACGUCGGCCCGCUCUCCCAGGCCUUCACGUCGGACAACUUCGAGGAGUCCCCGCAGUGCAGGUGCCGUGGCAACGGCGUCGCGGACGUUGGCGAGGGCGCCGGCGUGGGCGUGGCGACGAUGUAG